GUGUGACAUGACCACAAUGGGAACACGUUCGUUCAAAAAAAGUCAUUGACAAAAAAUUGAAGCCGAAGAAACAUCAUCGCAAGGCAAAAACACCGUGCUCGACACGACCAUCCUUUCUUGAUCACAACAACACAAGUCAACUCAGACACAACAACAGAAGAACAACCACAAAACCACUGCUCAGUAGCUGCUAGCUAGAGAAGCGUCAACACUGUUAAGAGUUGACCAUGGGCAUCGUAGUGCAUCCUCCUCCCUCUGACUAUCACUCUGACGCUCCCAUGCCCAGUAGUGGAGUCCAUGUAGUUUCUAGUAGAAGUGUAGGCAGCGUGGAAAGUGAUAUUUGUAGUGAUAGUAGUUGCACCGCGUGCCGUCUGUGCGACGAUGUGUGUGGCAACAGCGGCUGCUUGUGCUGCGAGAAAAAGUCUGCCAUGAAGAAGUGUAAAGAGUUAAUGUGCGACUGCAAGAAUGGGGAAGCUAGGUACACUAUGUGUCAAAUCAGGAGACAUGCCACUGAGGAAUCUGCCUGGCUGGUAGCAGGUGGUUAUGUCUACGAUGUUACUGAUUACAUUGCCUGUCAUCCUGGUGGCAAGAACUCCAUCCUCAAGAAAUGUGGAGGAGUUGCGGAUUGUAUGCAAGACUUGCAAUUCCAUUCCAACAAGGGAAAAAAGUUAUGGAGAAAAUACAGAAUUGGAAGGGUACUCAAUUGUGGAGAACAAGAGGAUAAGCUAUGGUGGAUGUUCUGGAAAUAAUCAAGUUAUGAUCCAAACAACUCCAAGAACACAUCCACCUCCAAACAACACAAUUUUGACAUUCAUAAUACUAUAGAAAUAAUAGAACAAAACACCCACUAAUAACUUGACAAGGUUAAGGCAAACUACAACCCGGCUCUACUACAACUACUAGCUAGCUAUAUUUUAAAAUAGUCUACUUACUACCC